AUGAAUUACAACGGCAACUCCUCUUCUACGCCCACCGGGCCCAGGUCUUACCAGGGCAACGGUCGUGCAAACAACAAUUACAAUGCCAAUGUCAACCGCCAACGGAACAACAAUGGCAAUAACAACUAUCAACGGAACAGACCUGGAAACGGCAAUGGCAAUGCCAACCAGUGGAACAACUCUCGGAACGGCAAUGCCAAUGGCAAUGGCGACCAGUGGAACAGCCAUCGAAACGGUGGAAACAAGCCCUGGAAGAACAACAACAACAACCACCACAAUGGCAAUGCCAAUUUCAAUGGCAACCAGUGGAACAACGGUCACAACGACUACAACGCCAACCAGUGGAGCACUGCUCACAACAACAACACUGGCAAUCUCAAUGGCAAUCAUUGGAACAACAACAGCAACCCACGCACUGUCAACGGCAAUGGCAAUGGAAACUACAAAGGCAAAAACUUCAAUCCAAAUUACAAGGGGAAGAACUAUAACCCCAACUUCUCUCGUGCCGCACCACCGCCUAUGCCUGCCCAACAACACAUGCCUACUCUGAAUUACAAGAUCGACAUUGAGAUGAUUGAGGCGCCAUCUGAUGAGCCAAAUGACAUCGAGAUGCCCGACGCACCACCGCUUCCAGAUCCAAGGAUCGAAGCCUUCACCAUGGGUGCUCUUGCAGUCAAGGAAAUUGUUAGUCCUCCCCUUUCCCCUUUCCAACUCAACCCCGUUGCUUUCCAUCAGCCUGCUUUCCAGCAACCUAAUUUCCACCCCUCUGCUUUCAAUCCCACUUUCCGUCAUCCCGUUUUCCGUCCCGCAACUUUCUACCCCCCAGCUGUUCAUCCCAAGAUCAUCAGUUCUCCAAAGUUGCAAGGAAACCCCGAGUGUGAAUACUUUCGUUAA